AUGAAAACAGAAAAUCCAAGGAACUUCCUUGAUUCUCCCAAACUAACUUAUCUCUCGGCCAUCCUAACCGGUCUACUAAGUUCCAGUUGUUGUAUAAUUCAACUUGUGUUCAAUAUCUUCUCCAUUGGGUGCGCCGGUUUCAGCAUAUUGACCCCUUAUCGCCCAAUAUUCUUGAGUUUCACCACAAUCCUCAUCAUUACGACAAUAACUCGAUAUGGUCUCAAAUCAAGACGAGCCCUAAUUACCAUCCUAAUCUCAUUAUUCCUUUGUAUCUCACCUGAACUUGUGGCCUUUUAUAAUCAGGGAAACAUUCCUUCUACUCAAAAAUUCUUUUCUGUGAACUUGGAAAAAGAAGUAUUUCUUCUUGAGAUCUAUGGAAUUAGUUGUGAAGGAUGCACCAACAGGAUAAAAAAUUAUUUUGACUCCAAACCAAAUGUUAUAGAAUCAAAAGUAUUUUUUGAAAAUCAAUCGGCCAUUGUAAGUGUCGUUCCAGGGACUUAUGAAGUUUCGGAUUUUGAAAGUUGGGUAAAAAUAGUGGAUUUCAGAUACACCGGAAAAGUCAUACAACGAUACAUUACUUCUUGA